AUGGAUGACGGCAUAUCACUAGAUACGGACCAGAUCCGCAACUGGCGAUCCAUUGUGACGCUCAUCGUCUUUAUUCUGACCAAUAUUAAUGUGCUCUUCCCGUUUCACGUCCCUAUUUUUGUACCCAGAAGGGCUUGGAACGCGCUACUAGAUGGUUUGAGCCAUGUCAGGAUCAUAGCACCAAGGAACACUACUUUGCCCCAUCACGCAGAUGACGAUAAUGAUGAGGGACACAUUAAGCAAUACCUACGGUUCGAUUUCCCCAUGAAUCUCGUCACCGCGCCGCUACUGGCAGAUCUUUUCCUGCUCGCUAUUCUGGCCAUUGGCCGCAAAGAGGUGCACGACGGGACCUUGGGGGCGGACAAUAUCUCGCCCGUUGAUAUCAUGGCCUUCUUCAUCACCUUGGCAUACAUUGCUAUAUCUAUCGAUGCAUCGGGCUUAAUUAGGUUCCUUGCUUUCAAAAUCUUGCAAUGGGGAGGCAAACUUGGCCACCGACUCUUCUUCUUCCUCUACACCUUCUUCUUUCUUCUCGGCAGCUUCAUCGGCAAUGACCCCAUCAUUCUCUCCGGCACUCCCUUUCUCGCCUACAUGACAAAGGUUUCUAGCAAUAUUGUUCACCCUCGGGCUUGGAUUCACACACAAUUUUCUGUUGCGAAUAUUGCUUCAGCCGUUCUCGUGUCGUCGAACCCCACAAACCUAGUCCUUGCGGGAGCCUUUGAGAUCAGGUUCAUCAACUACACAGCAAAUGUGAUUGUUCCUGUGUUGGUGACUGCUGUUGUUCUCUUCCCCUGUCUUGUCUAUAUCGUUUUUGCAAGCGAAGCUUUAGUUCCACAUUCCAUCACGAUGCACGAGCUACCGCAAGAGGUUAAAGAAAAGAAACCCGUCAACCCCAACAUUCCGCACGCACGUGGUCAACUGAACGAGGGAGAAAAUAGUUUUUGCAAUGACGAACAGUCAAAGCUCUUAUCCCUCGAGCAGAUUAUGAAUCCAUUCUUGGACAAGGGCGGUGCGGCAUUCGGAGCUGUUAUUAUGGCCGCUACACUUAUCACUGUCCUGGUCAUCAAUGCUGUAAGCGCCGGCAACGAAGCUCAUCCUGUUUUCUGGGUGACAUUACCAGCAGCCUUCGUAAUGUUUUGCUGGGACGUUGGGUUUGGUUGGUUUCAUCGGGCAGAGACUAGACAAAUCGCCCGCAGAGGCCAGCUGGAAGUUGAGAAUGCACGAAUCGAACGAGCUCUGCGAGAGAGGGACCAACCAAGGUCCUCGGAGACAGACUCGGCUACUGACGGCGCACAUGCAAAUGAGCUGCAAGAGCACCCUUCGGAAGCUCAAGAUGUGGUGGACGCGGGGGGUCGAAACCCGACAUUGCCCUCACCUCCCGCGAUCCUGGUGUCCCGAAACGCGGAUGAAAUAGCAAUUGCGGCCAGUUCCUCCUCCGGAUCUGUUACUUCGUCGCCGACCCCGUUGGCUGAGGAUGCUACGAAGAAACAUACCGCAUAUGACGAAAAGACAGCUGCGUACCAGAACGCUGAAUCCGACCCCACGAAAUGUGCAUCCCGGACCCCCAACUUACUCGUCUCAUCAUCAAACAGGCAAGGUAACGAACGAGGACGAGACGCAAACGAUCUGCCAUUUCAAAAAGAAAUCGGCCCUGCAACGUUGACGUCCCUUUUGAAGGAUGCGUUUAGGUGGUGCCGGGAAACAUUCCCUACAGCGACAGCUGUCAUUCUGCAUUUGCCUUUUGCUCUGGUCCCUUUCGCAUUCUCAAUGUUUGUGCUUGUUCAAGCACUUGUCACCAAGGGCUGGAUUCCCGUCUUUGCGUACGGUUGGGAUCAAUGGGUGAAAAAGACGGGAACUGUUGGUGCCAUUGGCGGCAUGGGUUUUCUGUCUGUGUUGCUAUGCAAUUUUGCUGGGACGAAUAUCGGCACUACCAUACUGUUAUCCCGAGUCAUUCAGACAUGGCAAAAGAUCAAUAUUGAGAGCCAGACCGACAUCAGCGAUCGCACAUUUUGGGCCACAGUGUACAGCAUGGCAAUUGGAGUAAACUACGGCGCGUUUAGCACUGCAUUCAGCGCAUCUCUCGCUGGACUUCUCUGGAGAGAUAUUUUGUCUCGCAAGCAUAUUCACGUUCAAGGACUGGAAUUCGCCCGCGUCAAUCUUCCAAUCAUUGCAAUUACCAUGGCUGUCGGCUGCACAGUUCUUACAGGGCAAGUAUACAUUGUGCGGAGCGACAAACCGUACAAUAAAUAA